AUGCUGUUGGAGAAUAGAAAUGUAACUUCAUCCAAUGUUGGUGCCGGCGCCAUUUUGAAUAUGCAUGAGAUUUGCGCAACCUUUAACUGGAAUGCGAAGAACUUGCCUUCCCCAACUACUUGGACGGUCGACCAAGUCUGUUGUUGGCUUCGAGGUCUUGGCCUAAUGCAAGUCGACGCUGUGUGCCACGCGUUUAGAGAGCAUGAGGUUGACGGGUUACUGCUCUUGGGUCACAUCAACAACGACGUAUUAACUAAAGAACUUUGCCUCACAUCGUGGGGAACCCGAACAAAAAUACUAAAGGCUAUUGAAGAUCUUAAAGCUGGUAUCGAAUCAGCUACAGCUUCACCGGUAGAGGUAAAUGGUACACCCUCUUGGCAGUUUGUCCAGGAAAACGAAAUAAGCCGCCUGGUACUCUCUGAUUCGCAGACUGAAGACGAGGCUGCGGAUGAAUUAUCGUACAGUGAUGAUUCUGAGAUAGAAAGCGAAGAUCAAUAUGUUAUAUUAAACGGCGUAGAGGCCGAAGCGGCUGGUUUUUGCGCUGUGAAAUGCGGACAAGAAAUACCGAAGGAUGUUAUUCAGAUUAUCAAGAACAAGUCUCGAAAACUUUCGUAUGGGGGCACUUACGACGAAAUGGGCGAUGAUGACAUUCUUUUGCCAUUAUACGGGGAUAGUGAAGAUGAAAACAAAAUGAUGGACUCUGAUUUGGAGAAAGAAGUUGAGAAGGAAGAGCAAACCGAGACUGAACGGGCAAAAAAGAGAUAUUUAGACUGUCAGAAGAGUAUCGAUAAAUAUAUAGAAAAUGUGCAAAAGAAAUUAAAAGUUAAACACGAGGCUCUCAAGCGGGAAAAGCCAGAGAAAUAUGAACAGAAACGGUGGAACUUGUGGCGUAAAUGGAGAAAUCGGCAAGAAGAAUUGAAGACCGAAAUGGAACAUUUAAAUCAAAAAAGAAUCCCUGAAUUAAUUGAUGAGCUUCAUAAAAAUUUUGCUAGAACUUCUAAAGACUUUCUCAGACAAUGUGGAAUCUUGGACGUAAGUUUAAAAAGAAUCUUUGAAAUUGAAUGGACACUUAAUGUGCUCUCAGGUGGACAGCCCCACAAACCAUCCAAGACCGGAGAGAAAUCUGACAUUUCUGGACAGUUUGCAACAAACGCGAUCCUGACCGAUGAAGAUGAUUUUGAGUCUCACAAAGAAGACAGCGAAAUAUCUGAAGAUUCUUUGAGUGACUUUAUUGAUGAAUCAGAUCUUUUUAUAAAUGAUGAGAGAUUAGCUGAAUUGCGGCGUGAUGCAGGAUUGCCAGUUAUCCAGAAUAAUAUAAUUGAAAACAACGCUAAUAAUGGUAACGAUGAGGAUAUUAUGAACAAUGGGGUUGUUGGAUGCAAUAACAGCAAUGACCACAACAAAAAAUCGAAAGACAAUGUAAAUAAAGACUGUGAAGCAGGUAGAGAAAAUAUUAUAAAUACCGAUUAUGGAACCAAUACAAAAAGCGAUAAUAAUCCAAAUCAUAACGAAGAUAGCGAGAUUGUUCUCGAGGAGAUUGAAGAACGAACCUCAGCACCCAUCGUUGAUAUUUCCUGCAUAACUCCUGGAGCGAUCGAUGCCGAUUGUUCGACUAUGGAUCUAGUUCUUUCAUCGCCCGUGACAGAAAAUUCUGUUGAUACAAUCUCUCCUGAAAGUGAACCAGAAGAUACAGAUACGCCAAAUGCAAUGGCUGAUGCAUCUCUUUUGGCUUUCUCUGAUAGUAAUGCCGAAAACAUUACUCCGAACAAGAAAUCAAUCUUCUAUGAAGUUUUCAGCCCUUCAACAACCCCACAUAGCUUACGUGAACAACUUGUGGAUGCAUCCACGGUUCAAGGUGAUGACGCACGACCCUCGUAUCAUCAACCGCUUUGUAAUGACAAUACCAGAUCCUCACCUGCCCAACAGCUUGUGAGAAAGUCUUCAUCACGAUCAAAAAAUAAUGUUGAGUUUGGAACAGCAUCCAAGCCUAUAGAUCUUGAUGCUGAAGUGAUCCUGAUAACUAGUGAUACUGAGGACGAGGGUUUUUCUUCAAGACAAUCCAUACGCAAACACAUCAAACGCACUUAUGACGCAACUUCAGAAACAGAAAUGUCAGAUGACGACAUAGGUAAAAUAGCUUACGUAUCCGAUCACGAUUCUGAGUUCGACAACAAUUAUCUCGAAGAUCUCGGUCCUGAGAUGCGACAUCUGAUAGACGAGGAAUUUAUUAGAUCAACUGCGGCGCCUGCGCUUUUUUAUAAAAUUAAGAAGAUUGUAGAUUCAGUAGUCUGUUAUAAUGAACCGAAUGCUACAUUAACGGAAUAUGUCAUCUUAACACAUAUAUGGAAUGACUUCAAGGAGUUUGAAUAUAAAGAAUUCGAUAACGCUGAUCAUAGCCAGGCUAUUAAUAGGAACUUAACGAAUAAUGAACCAGUCGAACUCUUUGAAGAAGGAUGUUUUGCUCAGUACUGGAAGAAUCGUAAAAAGGCCGCUCAGAAAAAUAUCCCAAACUUGCUGAGUGUUGUUGCAAGAAACGAUGACAGUCCGAUACCGAAGAAACGCCGACUUGAAUCUGAAGCCAUUGCUUCUACCCACAGCUCAUUAACAGAAGACCUUGACAUCCGUCACCCUGAAAUUCUAGCAGAGAUUGCCAAUCAAACACGGAAAGGGAAAAAUACCCUGAGAACACGAGUUCGACCUGAAUCUGUCCGGACAAUCACAAUGAGAACUCAACGACGGGCCAGAGAAGCGGCAUAUCGUUUGAGAUAUGAUCAACAGUCAGCUACUGAUAACAUGGGAAGAGCGGCAAUCAACAGAGGCCAUGAAGCGGAAGAAGAUGAUAUAUAUAUUCCGUUAGAGUUAUCCUCAGAGUUAAAACAAUAUCAGAUCGAAGGCACGCAGUUUUUGUGGAAAAAUAUCGUUAUGUUUGAAACUGGUUGUACUCUAGCUCACGCAAUGGGUCUCGGGAAAACUGUCCAAGUGAUUACAUUCUUGUAUACGCUCUGGAGAGAGAUGAAGGCGAAGAAUAAAGCGAUUCCUCAGGAUUUGAUGGAGCAUGGGUUUCGCGUUCUGAUAUUAUGUCCAAGUACAGUGAUUGACAAUUGGAUGGUGGAGUUUAACAAAUGGUUACGAAGGAUGGAAGGUGGCAGGGAGUUCUGUGCUCAUGUUGGCAAAUUUGAUACUUCUAUGAAAGAGGAUGAGCGUUUAAGAACGCUAAAUAAAUGGCAUCGACUGGAGAGGGGUGGUGUUAUCAUCACGAACUACGAGAUGAUUAGUCGUAGCUGUUUUAGAGAACAAAGGAAUAUCGAUGAAUAUCGAAAAUGCUUGAUUGACCCCGGCCCUUCCUUGAUUAUAGCCGACGAAGGACAUAAAUUUAAAAGUGAAGACACAUUAUUGAUGGAAGCCUUGCGCGACUUGAGAACGAGGAACAGAAUUUGUUUAACUGGAUCUCCUCUACAAAACUCAUUGAAGGAAUAUUAUUCAACGAUAAACUUUGUGUGUCCUAAUUACUUAGGCGAUCGUGAAGAAUUUGAGAAAUUGUAUAUCAACCCUAUAGAGUCGGGAUUAGCUCCAAAUGCACUUCCGGCUAGCCAUAAGAGCGCAACUAUUAUGCUUUAUGUCUUAAAAAAAAUCAUCAACGAUAUUGUCCUUAGGAAAGAUGAGAGCCUGCUUGCUGGUGAACUACCAGAAAAGCAAGAUUAUGUUAUAUUUUGCAGAUAUACCGAAGAUCAACGCAAACUAUACGAGUUAAGCAAAAAGACUGAGGACAUUUACACUCUUCAACAGCUUAGCAUUGCUAAUACCAAGCGAUCCAGAUCCAAAAAUGCACGAUCCAUAAUAAGUAAUACUCCUGAAGAAGAUGAUAGAUACACAUCGGUCGUCGCGGAGAAAAUUCGUGAUUAUCAGAAAACCCACAUACCUGAUAUUGAAGAUAUCAAACUGAGCAACAAAAUGCUGGUACUCAUGGAAAUUUUGAAACAAUGUAGAAUUGAGAAUGACAAGGUCCUUGUUUUCUCAAAAAGUCUGCCAACGCUGGAUUAUGUCGAGAAGCAGUUCAGAAAGUGGCAAGAAACUGACGACUCUAUAAUACAGCAUACAGAAUCUCGAACGAGGAUAAUCCGAAUAGAUGGAGAAGUUGACAAAAGCCAAAGACAUCACAUGAUAGACAGUUUCAACGAACGGCCUGAUUGGGCUGUUGCAUUAAUCUCAAUCAAGACAGCGUCUCUUGGUGUUAAUCUAUUUGGGGCCAACCGUGUAGUCUUGUUUGAUUGCGACUGGAACCCAACCCAUGCACAACAAGCUGUUGGACGCGCGUAUCGGAUCGGUCAGACGAAAAGAGUAUUCGUGUAUCGUCUGAUGGUACAUGAUUCGUUUGAAGAGCGUCUUUUCAACAAUAACGUUCAAAAAGUCGGAUUAUCGAAUCGUGUUAUUGAUAAUACUGCAACACAAGCUGAUGAGGAUGUCGGUAACUUGGCAUACUUAGCUGAACCGAAGGAUCCUGGAAUUUGUCGAAUCCCACCUGAAGCCACUUAUGACGAUAAUGUUCUCAAUGUUGUUUCUCGGAGGUUGCGUGACGGUCUUAUUACAAUUGAGAAACACGAAACUUAUUAUCGAAGCGUGGAUGAAAACCUUGAUGAGAGUGAGCAAAAAUAUGCUGAAGAUUGUGUGGAAGCCGAGAUUCAACGAUUAACGCAAUCGCGUGGAUUGCAAGUCGCGCGAUAA